AUGGCUGACCAGCGUAUUAUUCGAGUCUGCCGAACGAGACCUAGAGUCUUUGUGACCUCUGACAUUGGCAACGAACCCGAUGAUUCGGAGUCCUUCGUUCGAUAUCUUCUCUACAGCAGAACAAAGGGUCUAGUGCCGUGCACGUCUACUCAUCAGAGAACACGAACUCGUCCUGAUCUUAUGGAAGCCGCCCUUCGUGGCUACGCUCAAGUGGUAGACAACUUGAACGCGCAUACAGAUCCAGAUAACAAAUACCCGGAUGCGCAGACACUGUUCGACUUGCUCAAGUCCGGUCCGACAGUCUAUGGACGGCUUGCUUUGGAGCCCGAUUGCCCGCUCGCCGACGGAACCAAGUUACUCAUCGAAUCAAUUGAUGAAUCGGAGGAGCUCUUGUCCACUGCAGCGGUCAAGCGCUUCUGCUCGAAACUCUGGAUCUACAUGAUAUCGGAUCAAGAUGAUACUGUCAUUGGAUGUGACGGAAAGACAUACCAGAGCAAUUUCGCCACCGUCUGGCGUUGGGCGAAAGCCUUUCAGAACGAUUUUGCAGUCCGGAUGCCGUGGUCUCUGUCCGCUGAUAUUUCAAAGGCCAACCACGCGCCUCUGGCGAUUGUUAAUGGCCAUAUGGAGGGACCACUCCCUCUUCGGCUCAAGAUCGAGGCCGGUGACAAGCUUCACUUAGAUGCCUCCGAGAGCUACGACCCGGAUGGAGAUGUCUUGACCUUCCACUGGUUUCACUACAAAGAACCGACCAUUGCCAUGGGAAUAUGGGAUCUUCUCAUUCCCGAUAUAGACAUAGUGAAUGUCGACACAGAGUUUCCGGGUCGGAAAGUUGAAAUCACAAUGCCACCUCCCGAAGCCUGUGGAAUUGACUACGUGAGCGAGACCACGGCAACCCAGCUAAUGACCACCUACAAGCGGGUCAUAGUCCAGACCACCAAUCGACAACUACGGGGUGGUAGAGGUCCUAUCCCUAGGAUCGCGGACUGGGAACCAAAGUAG